AUGGAAGCCGGGGAGCUCCGGGAGCCCCGCGAGCCCGGGCCGGGGGCAGAGACCGCGGCGUCCCGGUGCUGGGAGGAGACCAAGACUUUCUACGAAAACCUCGCGCCCAAGAAGAAACCCAAAUCGCCCAAGCCUCAGAAUGCUGUCACCAUUGCUGUGUCCUCCCGAGCCUUGUUCCGCAUGGACGAGGAGCAGCGCAUCUACACGGAGCAGGGCGUGGAGGAGUAUGUACGCUACCAGCUGGAGCACGAGAACGAGCCCUUCAGCCCAGGGCCAGCCUUCCCUUUUGUGAAGGCUCUGGAGGCUGUGAACAGGAGGCUGCGGGAGCUGUACCCCGAUAGUGAGGACAUCUUUGAUAUCGUCCUCGUGACCAACAACCACGCUCAAGUGGGUGUCCGUCUGAUCAACAGUAUCAACCACUACGACCUGUUCAUUGAGCGGUUCUGCAUGACAGGUGGGAAUAGCCCCAUCUGCUACCUCAAGGCCUAUCACACCAACCUCUACUUGUCAGCUGAUGCGGAGAAAGUGCGGGAAGCCAUUGAUGAAGGGAUCGCAGCGGCCACCAUCUUCAGCCCCAGCAGGGACGUGGCUGUGUCCCAGAGCCAGCUGCGCGUGGCCUUCGAUGGGGAUGCUGUGCUUUUCUCGGAUGAGUCGGAACGCAUCGUCAAGGCCCACGGGCUGGACAGGUUCUUUGAGCAUGAGAAGGCCCACGAGAACAAACCUUUGGCCCAGGGCCCCUUGAAGGGCUUUCUGGAGGCACUGGGUAGGCUGCAGAAGAAGUUCUACUCCAAGGGCCUGCGGCUGGAGUGCCCAAUCCGUACCUACUUGGUGACAGCACGCAGCGCAGCCAGCUCGGGGGCCCGGGCUCUCAAGACCCUGCGCAGCUGGGGCCUGGAGACGGAUGAGGCCUUGUUCCUUGCAGGAGCGCCCAAGGGCCCCCUCCUUGAGAAGAUCCGCCCACACAUCUUCUUCGAUGACCAGAUGUUCCACGUAGCCGGGGCUCAGGAGAUGGGCACGGUGGCCGCCCAUGUGCCUUAUGGUGUGGCCCAGAAGCCCCGGCCGCCUGCCCCUCUGAAGCCAGCCCCAGCUGCGCAGUGAGCCGCCAGCUUUACUGACUUGCAGGGCUGCGGGCACGGAUCCCUGUGUGUAUUCCACCCCAACGUCCAGUGGACCCUUCUAGUUCCUCACCGCUCUGUCCUUCUGCACGUCUGCCCUCAUCCCCACGAGUGAGGAACUUGUAGGGAAUUAUGCAGACUGACCCAGCACCCUCCAGAGCCCUCCCACAGGGCAAACACUGUGCCAUGAUCCCGGCUGGAAGAGUAAGAUUGCAGAGUAGCUUGGUUUCGGGGAAGGAGGAUGGUGGGUUGAUGGGAAUGAGGGUGACAGUGUCAGAGGAGCCAGGCUGCCUCCAAGGGGGCUUGGGAUGAAGACUAGCUCAGUGCAGUGCAAAGAACUUGGCUUUGAGAGAGAAGGCAUCCGGCUUCCAAGCUCUGUGGCGGCAUGAACUGACGACUUGGGGUAAGUCCCUCCCUUUCAUGGGCCUCAGUUCCCGCAUCUUGUAGGUGGUUUUCCAUCUCUCUUGGAGAUGCAUUGGCAUGGUUUAAUAAGAUUGCCCGGCCCAGGGCUGCUGCCAGACCGUAGGGUACCUUUGUGCAAUUAGAGGAGAACACUGUCUCGAGAAUGAAUUUCAAAAAGACGACCCUUGCUCUGCGCUGACCCAGAUCCACUCUGGGGUACAUGGCUUGCUCAGAAGCACGUAGCCUGUAUCUCAGCCCCCACGGACUCCUCGGCUCUGAUGUCUUUGUCAAAGGGGCAAAAUGCACAGUCGUCUGCAGCAACCUACCUCUCAUUCUGCACGUUUGGAAACCACAAGACAAGAUGACCUGUCUGCUUCCCAUGAUCCUCUACUGUGAGUCCCCCGUCGGGGGUCAGCGGCCAGGAGCAGGGUCUGUGGAAGGAGAGAGGAGUGAACUUAACCUGCACGCAAACUCUCCUUCUGCCAGCAGGGGGCACUGCGGGCUCUUCCCCAGGAGGAGCUUUCGGGACCUCCUGCUCUGGGCUUCCUUUGCUUUUGCUUUUAGCCAAAGUUUAGCUGUUCCUGCCUGCCAACCCUCUCCCCUCAGCUCUCAGUCCUUUGGUUACCGUGUUCUACUGUGUUGCCAAGCAGCUUUGCUAGCGGGGAAGAGGUAGAGUGUUGGGGUUCGCUGUCAUGGGCCCAAAUGCAGGGGAAGAAAGCUCAGUGGCUGAAGUGGGAGGGUGUCCUGUUUGCCCCUGAGAGAAGGCCUGCCCAGGGUGACAUGGGCAAAUCUGGUCUGAGGCAGUGACCCAUUAGACAGGAAGGAGCUGAAAGGUGCACUAGCAAGAUCCUCCAGCUAUGGGACUAUGAGUGGAAGCACUGAGGUCUCUGUCACCGGGAUGCUGUGCAAGGGACGCCAGAAUGAGGUGACCUCUCCCGGCAGCAUGCCAGUGAAUCCCCCAUUCACAGGAGCCUCUGCAGCCUCUUUGUCACCACUUCUAGGGGAGAACUCUCACUCUUUAAUGAGUCUGCUUCUUUUUUUGCUAACGAGCCUGGCUCUCUUUAUGAAGGGAGGGUGUGAACAGGGAUGGCUGGUCCCUCAGGAAGACCCAGAACAGGUGAGCAGCCAUCCGAGAGGGCAGGCGACUGAUUAUCUGGCUCCUGGGCCAUCCCAGCUGUAAGCAAGCACUUUGUGAAGGAAGCCAAAGGCCCCAUCAUAGGGAGCAGGAGCCUGGAGGUGUGUGUGAGAGAGCUGGACCACUGGUGAGGGCGGGAAAAGGAGGUAAAGGGCUACCUUGGACCUGACCUUUUUCAUCUUGUGGACUCAGUGCAGGAUCUGAAUGGGGACAAGUUCAGGGCAGUGUAUGGCAGGGUAGUAGUUGCAGAAAGAUAAUCCAGGAUGGAAGACAAAGUGAGGAGACAGAAGUGUUUCCAAGGUGAGCAAUAGUUUGGGCCAGAAGAGGAAUGCCAGGCUGGGUUUGCACUCUCCGUGUGUGAAGCUGAGCUGGGGAGCGGGGGAAGGG